CCUACACACUCAAGAGUCAAGAGGACUAACUCUUGAGUAUUAUAGAAGGCAAAAAAAGGGACACGAACUUCACACGCUCCCCGUUCAUCCUCUCCUCGUUUGCUUCCAUGUUCUUCCUUCCGCAGCGGCAACAUCUUACAUCUACUAUCUCUCCUUCAGCACUUGUAGCAUAUGACCAUGAAUCCAACGGGGGAAAGAAUGACGAAGAGAGAGACUUCGGAGAACGAAGAGGAAAGCUUACUGAAGAACAAUGAAACAGAUGAUGAUGAUGGUGAUGACAUCAAGGUUAAUUACAGAGGGUGGAAGGUCAUGCCCUUCAUUAUAGGAAAUGAGAUUUUUGAGAAGCUAGGAGCGAUUGGCACUUUAUCCAAUCUCUUGGUCUAUUUCACUACGGUAUUUAACUUGGAAAACAUUGAGGCUACAAAUAUUAUCAACAUCUUCAAUGGCAGCACCAAUUUUGCUACACUACUCGGUGCCUUUUUAUCUGAUACCUAUUUUGGUCGCUACAAGACAUUGGCAUUCUCUACGGUGGCUUCCUUCCUGGGUUUGCUUGUAAUACAACUGACAGCAGCAGUUGAGAAGCUGCAUCCACCUCACUGUGAACAGUCCACAACAUGCCAAGGGCCAACAGAGGGGCAAAUGACAUUUCUAAAGACUGGUUUGGGAUUAUUGAUGAUAGGAGCUGCGGGGAUCCGACCAUGUAACUUAGCAUUUGGAGCUGAUCAGUUUAAUCCUAACACAGAUUCUGGGAAAAGGGGAAUCAAUAGUUUCUUCACUUGGUACUUUUUCACUUUCACCCUUGCUCAGAUGUUAUCAUUAACAAUUAUUGUCUACAUACAGUCAAAUGUAAGCUGGGCAGUGGGUUUGGGAAUUCCCGCAGCAUUGAUGUUCUUGUCUUCUAUAAUCUUCUUCGUGGGGGACAAAAUGUAUGUGAAAGUUAAGCCAAGUGGUAGUCCUAUAACUAGUAUAGUGCAAGUUAUAGUGGUUGCAGCGAAGAAAAGGAGGCUGAAGCUCCCAGAAUAUCUAUAUCCUUCCCUUUUCAGUUACGUGGCUCCCAAGUCAAUGAAUUCUAAACUUCCCUAUACAUAUCAAUUCAGGUUCCUUGACAAAGCAGCAAUCCUGACCCCGCAAGAUCAAUUAAAUCCUAAUGGAUCUGCUACUGAUCCCUGGAACCUUUGUAGUAUGCAGCAAGUGGAAGAGGUGAAAUGCUUGUUGAGAGUGUUACCCAUAUGGGUUUCAGGCGUGUUGUACUUUGUUGUUAUUGUUCAACAGCAUACUAUUUUAGUGUUCCAAGCCCUUCUCUCAGACAGGCGUAUUGGGCAAACCAAAUUCAUGAUCCCAGGAGCAUCCUACUAUGUCUUCCUCAUGAUUAGCGUGGCAAUUUGGCUACCCAUCUAUGACCGAAAGAUUGUGCCUUUUCUCCAAAGGCUCAACCGCAAAGAGGGUGGAAUCACACUCCUUCAGAGAAUGGGAAUCGGCAUAUUUUUCUCUAUUCUCAGCAUGUUGGUAUCUGCCAUGGUUGAAGAGCACCGCAGGACUCUGGCUCUGACUCAACCACUAGGGGUGGAAACGAGAAAAGGUGCAAUUUCAUCAAUGUCAGGUCUGUGGUUCAUUCCUCAGCUGGCACUGGCUGGACUAGCUGAAGCAUUUAUGUCUGUUGCACAAGUUGAAUUUUACUACAAACAAUUUCCUGAGAAUAUGAGAAGCAUUGCAGGCUCUCUUUACUACUGUGGCCAUGCAGGGUCAAGUUAUUUGAGUAGUCUGCUCAUCUCCGUCAUCAUCCAAAUAACCGCCAGAUCCGAAUCUGGAAAUUGGUUACCAGAGGAUCUGAACAAGGGGAGAUUGGAUAACUUCUAUCGCAUUCUUGCUGUUUUAGAAAUUGUGAAUUUAGGCUACUUUGUGUUAUGUGCAAGGUGGUAUAGGUACAAAGGGACAGAUAGUAGUUCCAUUGAACUUGAUAAAGUGACAAAACAAUCUGAAAGAAAUGCUAAUGGUGUUUUAUGAUUCGAGUCUCUAACUAUUAUGUGGAAAAAUGUUACAGCAAUCUUUCCUUCAUCCGUGGCCCAAGAAUGAAAUCUGAUGUUCAUGAAGCAGAGACACACCAAAAUAUAGACGAGACCAGAAUAGAGUAUAGCAAGUUAGCAACAAUGGCGCAGUUAAUUAUGCUAUUUCAAAUAGAUAGACAUUUCUUAGUUUAAGUUGAUAUAUAAUGAUGUACAUUAUUUUUUUAGGAAAGGGAACCGUCAUCCUGACGUUUGUCUUAAGGCUCUAAAUGGAAGAUAAAGUAAAAUUACAUGUUGACAUGGUGAUUA